CUGCGCUUCACGGACGCGGAGAUAACCGAAGCGCUCGCGCAGCCGGCUCGCGCUCUGCCGCAACGCACCGGGUGACUGACACACGCGCUCCAGACCCCCAAGCCAAAGCUUAUAAAUAGAUUUGAUAAGAAAUAUAUAAAAAAAAAGAGAGAGAGAAGCCCCAUCAUGAUGUCACUGGAUCUUAACCUGCACGUGCUAACGAAGGAGCUGUCGGUGUAUCUGGAGAACCAGGUUCGGGUCGGUGGCUUCCUCGGCUCCGGGGUCGGGCUGGCGCUCGCGCUCGGCUUUGGCGCCGCCUACGCCUGCUACUACUGGACGUCUGUAGCCAAGAAACCAAAGCUUGUAUCUGGAGGGAAGAAGUUUUAUGAGUUUCUGAAGGAGAAUUGCCCCGUGGUGACGGAGACGUAUUACCCCCCUUUCUGGUGCUGGGAGAGUCGGGUACAAACUCUCCUCCGGCCGUUUGUCACUGCCAAGCCCUGGGUCUCCUACAGGAAUGAGCUCAUGAGAGCGCCAGAUGGAGGUCAGAUAUCUCUGGACUGGUUUGAUAAUGAAGACAGCCUCUCUCACCCCGACUCGCCCACUCGGCCCACCGUCCUGCUCCUGCCCGGUCUGACCGGAACCAGCCGCGAGUCCUACAUCCUGCACAUGGUGCAGCAGAGCCGAGAGCUCGGAUACAGAUGUGUUGUGUUCAACAACAGAGGCGUGUCUGGCGAGAAGCUGCUGACUCCUCGGACGUACUGUGCAGCGAACACGGAGGAUCUGGAGACGGUGAUUGAACACGUCAAUAACACUUACCCAACCUCUCCCAUCAUGGCUGCUGGAGUCUCCAUGGGAGGGAUGAUGCUGGCGAACUAUCUGGGUCGUAAAGGUCACGCUACGUGUCUGAAGGGUGUGGUGGUGUUCUCAGCCGGCUGGGACGUGUUCGAGUGCACCGCUUCGCUGGAGAAACCUCUCGAUCGCUUUCUCUUCAACUCCUACCUCACCAGCUGCCUUCAGGCCUCCGUACACCGACACAGGCCUGUUCUCGAGCGGAAUUACGACAUAGACCAUGUGAUGAAGGCUAAAACCAUCCGAGAGUUUGAUGAACGUUUCACCUCAAAAAUGUUCGGCUACCCGACUAACGACGAUUACUACCGAGACGCCAGCCCCAUCCACAAGCUGAAGUCGGUGCAGGUGCCCAUGUUGUGUCUCAACGCAGCAGACGACGUUUUCUCGCCGAACCACGCUAUCCCUGUCGAAGCAGUGAAGCAGAACCCAAAUCUGGCGCUCCUCAUCACGUGCCAUGGCGGCCAUAUUGGAUUUUUGGAGGGCUUCUGGCCACGUCACAGCACCUACAUGGACCGAGUUUUUCGGCAGUUCGUCAAGGCGGUCGUUGAAAACGGCAGCUCGCUAACAGACCUAGCAAGCUAACACAGUGAUGACCCGCUCAGCUACAGCGCCCCCUACACCCAGGAGCAAAAAAAACACAACAACAACAACACAACAGCUACAUUUUCUGAUCGAGACAUUCGGUUGUUUAUCUGAUCACAACAUCGCUCGUGGAUUCAGAUCACUCGGCCUGUUCAUCCUUUUCUUUCACUCUUCACUUAUGUCUUAGUUUAGAUGUGUAGAUUUGUGCCCAUGUGAGUGUGUGUGUGUGUGUGUGUGUGUGUGUGAGACUCUUAAUUCAGGUUGAGAGAACAUUAGGUUUUCAUUAUACUGUGUAUAUUUUGAAGUACGCUGUUUUGACCAAUGGAUCAACUGGAAGAAAAACAACUUUGUGAAUUUCUUACUCAUCCAAUCAGCACUCAUUUAAUUCCAGUCUGCUUUAAACUGGCACUUAAAUAACCUUCUGCUCCAACCUGCAAAGAUUUAUUACACACUUCCACUCGAAAUCUCGACGCUCCAUAAACGUCUGUCACGGGCGAGACACUACAGGAGAACAGGGGCAAAUAAAAUCACUAAGGAAGAAAGUAAAUAAACAAAUAAUUCACAAUUCAUUUCACUUGAUCGCUAAUAUUGUAACAAGUCCUGCUUUUAUAGUUGAAUUCCUUCACAUAUUGAUAUUUGAUAUUUAUUCAUGCAAAUGAGUUAGCAAAUUAUGUAAAUGUAAGAGGCCGUGUCUCAUUUAUCAAUUAUUUAUUGUUUAAUCAAGAAAAUACCAUGGAAUAGAUGUGCUUUAUCCAAAAAAUCUGCGUUUUUAUUAAAAAUGCUUUUUUAAGACCAUUUUCUGUACAACAUCGAACGUAAAUCUGACAAUAAGCAGCAUUUUGGGAAAUUGCUCUUUAAUAUCCUUUUAAUAAGAGAAGAUAUAAUUUAAAUUGAAUGACUACAGCUCAUCUAGAAAUAUUUUGGAUUUGAAAAAAUGAGAAAAAAUAGAAAAAAACUGAUUUUGCGAAAACUAAAUGUUUAAAAAUGCCCGAUGUGGAUUAAGGUGAUUCCUCUCUAAUUAUUGUGGUUUCUAAAGGAAAUUGAGGUGUGUAUCGUAAUGAGACUUACACUGACAUAAAUAUCAGGAAACGAGCUUUUCACAGAAAUAUGACGUGAUUGUGAAGUGGGAGGAGCUUAAAGAGUCAGAUAAUUGCGAACGAAAAAAAACAUUUUUCUGUAUUUUUCAGACUUUUUCAUUAGUACAGUUUGAGCGGAGGUGUGUGUGUGUGUGUGUGUGUGUGGUAUAGAUGUGGUUUAUCCAAAAAAAAUCUGAGAAAUGAUUGACAAACUCAUUUCUGGCUGUAGUGUCUCGCCUUAAACGUCUCAUUGCAUUAAACUCGAUUGGCCACGAUCCGUCCAUCCAUCUGUCAGUCCAUCCAUCCAUCCGUCCAUCCCUUCUUCACAACACUUGAGUAUUUAUUCGUUUAGAUAUUCAGCGGACUCGUGAUUUGGGUCGAGAGGAACCGUUUUGGCUGCAUUCCCAUGAUAGAUGUAGAUGACAUUCGUGAGAACGCUUGGCUGAAACUGAGCCGCAUGCACACGGAUUAAUAACACACACGAUUCACACACACGCAUCAUGAACAAGAGAAAUGCAGUUUUUAGACAAUCCCUCACGCAGUAGUGAUAAUACGAAUAAACUGGCAGCACGAGCGUUCGUAUUCUACGGCUGUUUUAAUAGUAUGAAAUAAAGAUUUAUAAAUUGAACUUUUUUUGCCGAAAAAUAGCUAGCCUUUAACGGCUUUCUCUUAAAUAAGCUAGCGAGUGUUACACUGGGAUUACAUUACUUAUUGUUGAGUAUGUUAGCUUAACGUAAGUAUCUCUCUAACAGCUUCAUAAGGUGUUACUAAUACCAAUAUGGUAUUAAGUAUAGCUAGCUGGCUAGCAUUGCACUGAAAGUUUGUCAUAGGACAUAAAUAGGUAACUAAUUAGCUGCCUUGCUAGUUAACAUUACCUUGAUAGCUAGCUAGUUAUCGGCAUGGUGUUAAAAAAUCAUGACUUUUGAUCUGCGUUUUCUCAUAACGCUCUCAUGGACGUACAUGGAAGAGCGCAUAUGAAAGCAGCUUCGAUUAAUUUUAAAAUAUGACUUUUAAAUUGAAUUUUUUAGGCAAAGAAAACUGAUUUUAGUCACUGCAAAUGUGAACGUACCGUAUCAUGAACUUUCAUUAUAUUUUAUGCUUUGACAUAAAUGAUUAAUUUAUUCAUUGCAUUUUGUCCCUGAAGUAAAACAUAUGUGAUCUAGUAGUGCUUAAGAAAGCAGCGUAGAUCUGAUUUUCUUUUUCAUUCCAAAAUAUUAAGAUCUGUCGGUGCGUUCAAGUCAUGUCGGAAAGAUGGGAAUUACGAGGUGAACACACAUGAACAUGAACACCACCACAAAGUCGUAAUUACGAGUGGGAAACUCGGGAUUUUCUUUCAGCGCUGAGUUUCUGAGAAGGGGGCGUGUCAGGAAGAGAACAUGGUGGAAUCAGUGGAUACAGCGUCUGUAGCUGAUGGUUAAUUAGCUGAGUAUUUAUCAGUGAAUUUAUCUUUAUCAGGCUUUUUUAUUUACAAUAAAACAAGCUAAUUUCCUGCACAAAAUACGAUAGCAUUGUACAAUUACAGUAUAAUAUGUAACGAUAGAGUCUACAGUGGCUUGGUAAAUUGAUUAGAAACAUAACGAAGCAAAACACACCUCAUGCGCUUUGUUUCUUCUUCAUUUUCUAGAAGUAGAGUUAAAAACAUUGCUGUAUUUUUUGGAGUUAAUUAAGAGAAGGUUCACCGCCAUCUUGCUCCGACUAAAGUGACCUGAACGCACCUGACGUCAUAAUUAAUAACUUCCCAACUCGUAAAUAUGAACUUCCCAGGAGCACUCGAACACACAGUGUGUCUCUGUUCACAUUUAGUAAAAAAAAACAGGUUUGGAUCACUGUAAUGUGAACACAAUGUGUGUGUUUUCAUUACAUUUAAUGUGUUGGAGUAAAUUAUUAAUUUAUUAAGUUGCUUUUUUGAGAGAUUCACACGUUUCUUUGGCCUAACUGACUUUAAACUGACUUUAAACUGACUUUAAACUGACUUUAAACUGACUUUAAACAGUAAAACAGUUCACACGCUCCUUCAGUGAGAGACACUGAUCUGAAAUCAGCUCCAGAGACACUCAGUAGUUAAGUGUGAAAGCGGGAUUAAGUCUUGUUGAAGCUCGUUCCUGGCCGUCUCUCCUGUGAGAUGAAUAUUCCCAGCUGUCUUCAGAGCCUCGCUGCUUAUUCGAUCUUUGAGGACUUUGUCAGAGUGGAUCAGUUCCUUGCUCAUUAAACGAGUGGUUUGUUCUGCUGCCUGCGCUUCUCGCUUUCUCGCUUUGUAUCGCGAGCAGCUCCCAUCCACCAUCCACCAACCUGCAGUCAGGAUGUUUCUUCACUUCUCUCUCUCAGAGGAUCUCCAUCCGUUCUUUCAGAUAAAUGAACACAGAUCAGUACACUAAAAGAUGAGUGUCAUCCUCUCUCUCUCUCUCACUCUCUCUCUCUCUCCUAUUCAUCCUCAUUUGUUUCACUGAUUGAAAAUAUACCAUAUAUAACAGAUCAUUUUUAUAAAUAGCUUCUCUCUGUAUUCAUUCCUUUCUUUACUUCCCAUCUUCUCAAUCUUCUUCCCUCUUUAUUCCAUAUUAAACCAUCGUUUCUUAUCAGUUGCUUCUUAUUAUUAAUUCAACUCCUUCCAUAUUUGUCCUCCUUUUUUAUAUAUUUUUUUCUUCAUUGCUUUUUAGCAUCUUUUCUCAAUCUCUUCUCCAUUUUCUUUACUAUUUCAUCUCCAUCUUCUCCCACCCUUCUGCAAAUUUUACCCAUUUCUUCUCUAUUUCUUCUCCAUGUUUAACCACAUUACCAACAUCCUCUCCAUCACUUCCUCAUUUCUUCCUGCCUUCGUUUUUAUUCCCUUCUGUACAGUUAUACAGUUCUGUAUGCACAGUAGGCACGUCUGUUAAGUUCUUUUAAAAAUCACUAAACAACUGUUUUUCUUUAUUGUCUCAAAGUAAACAAAUGGUUGGAUUUGACUCUGAAACUGGGAUUUGCUUCCUCCUGUGGGAUAAAUCAGAUAGGUGACUUGACUCCAGGUAAUAAGAUUGCAAAGCGUUGUUCACAAAACUCAUCUUUAGGUUGAAUAAGUGUUUUAAACAGUUGUACUGACUUUUUCAUGGAUUUUUGUUCAACCAUCACAACAAAACCACUCAUUUAAACCUUUUUCAAGUUGUUUUUUUUUACAGUGUAAUGUCUUCCUCAGUUCUUCAUUUCUAAUCACACAUCUUCUCAAUUUCCCCCGUUUCUAUCCAGAUUUAUUUUUUCAGUUAUUUACAUUUUUUUUCAGCCUCUUCCUUUUUUAAAGCGUAUUUUUUAUCUGUUUCUUUCCCCCUCUCUCUCCUCUCACUGUCUGUAGCAUCUUAGCCCUCAGGGAUGCAAGGUUUCACAAUUUAAAUUCAUUCUUUUUCAUUUGUCAGUAGUUUAGCUUUACAUGGUAUUGAUAUUUGUUAAAAAAAAAAAAAAAAAAAGAGUAAAUUACAGAUUGUAGCAAAAUGGUUGUUUCUGUUUGUUCUGCAUGCACUUAUCCCCGUCGUUUAUUCCAGCAGACGUUGGCUCUCUUUAAAAAAAAAAAAAAGAAAAGAAAAGAAAAAAAGGAAAAGCAAAAUGUACAGUAGAAGACAUGAAUAAUUCACCGUGAAUGUGCUUUCAUUGGUCGAUUUCUCCUACCUCUAAUAGUUUUAAGCAGAUUUGACCAGUUUCAGUAUUUCAGAAUUCAGUAAUGAAAAUAAAAGAAAAAUGGAGUUAAAGCCUGUUAUCACGCUCAGCAGCUCCGUAUUGGAGAGAUCCGCUUAUAUUUUACACCAAACUGCACAAACGCUUGUGUUAACGUGAAAAUAGUGAAAGCAAGAUGGUGUCAUUUUUCCAGCUAGUAUGAUUCUAACCAAUUAGCAGCUUUGAAAAGAAAAAAAAAUUGUAAAGACGUUUUAUAUCUUGCACAGUUGGAGUUGCUGUGACGUAGUUGAGGAUGUGAAGGUCUAUGUGACAUUCUUGCUGUACUUUUUUUUGUAUUAAUCUCUGCUUUUCAGCACUGUUUUACCAAAACACAGUCUGUGUACAGUUCUAUCAGCUUGUUGCUUAGCAACCAUGCUAAGUAAGUGGCUAUCCGAGUAAAGUAGCAGUGUUAUAUUAUGUACUAGUUAGAGUAGAACAAAUAUAAACACCUAAAAUUAAUGUAAAAGAAACUUCAAAUGAUCGUUCAUCUAUGAUGAUUUUUGAGUCGAUCCAUCAUCUAUCGAUCAUCUGAAAAACUUUACUUGAGUAGCUAAAGUAGCAGAAAGUUGGCAAGGCUUCGAUCACGUGGGACGAGUGCGCAUUAAAAACAGUACUGGAAUGCAGUCUUGGUGUGUUUGGAUGAAAAUCCUGUUUAAAUGGAAAGUGUUUAAUUCCACAUGUAUGUAAAGAAACUACUUUUUCCUCCAGUUACUGGAGCAGGUGUAACUGUUAACGAACUUCUCGAGGAAAUCGUCCUACUAACAGCGAAACCCAUCACACAUGACAUAACUCACAGCACAACGGCAGAUAGAAUUAUUUUUCACCAACAAGUGUAUUUCCUUUUAUACAUUUCUAAAAGGAUGGUCUUGUUUUCAGCAAUAAGACGAAAAAAAAGAAGAAAUGUGGAUGUAGAUAAAGCCUAUGCACAGGUACUUGGAUGAAAGUGCAUUUGCUGUCUUGAAUAAAUUAUGGAAUUAAAACUUA